AUACACUGCUGGGGGGAGAAGGGUGGAUUACGUCACCAGGGUGCGAGCUCUCGCGAGAAACGAGAGGGUUCGGUUGGGUUGCUGUGGGCAACGCGCGAUUUGAGCGGCGCUCGGACAAAUACACACAAACAGCGAGAUUAUUUUAUUUACGAUUAUAAACUUUAAAAAGAUUGUGUUCGCUUUUUUUUUAUUUUAUUUUUUUUAUUUCAGUUUUAUAAACUUAAUCCGUCUCGUCUUUAGCUGGGCUAGUUGUCCCCGAGGACUUUUCGGACAAUGACCGCGAUUAGCAGCCUGGUCCCGGCCCGCUUUCUCACGCUGACCGCUCACCUGGUCAUCGUCAUCACUAUCUUCUGGUCCCGGGACAGCAACGUGCUUGCGUGCUUGCCUCUGCAGUACACACAGGAGCAGUACCAGGCCAGGGAUACUGAGUUGAUCGUGGCGCUCUCUGUCACGCUGGGCUUGUUUGUGGUCGAGCUGGCUGGCUUCCUGUCCGGCGUCUCCAUGUUCAACAGCAGCCAGAGCCUUCUCUCUCUGGCGGCUCACUGCAGCGCCUCUGUCUGCCUCUCCUUCUUCGUGUUCCAGCAGUGGGAAUGCUGGACCUACUGGUACAUGUUUGGAUUCUGCAGCGCUCUUCCGGCGGCCACGGAGAUCGUGAUUUUCAUCGCAGUGUUUGGCCUAAAAAAAAAAGCACUCUGACCUGGAGUUUAGAAUCAACACAUUGCAGUAAACUAGCACGGCACGGAUCAGCACGGCACAGAUCAGCACCUGCUUUUCAACUCCAUUUCCACUGCUGUGCUUUUACUGUGGGGGUGUCUGUAGGGCCCUUCCUUCUUUAUAUAUAUAUAUAUAGGUUUGACAGGAGGCAGAACUGCAGUGUACAGACAUGUACACACAAGGGUUCAAUGAUCAGAAAACACAUUUAUUAUUGCAGGACGUUUCCGACAAAAGCCAGCAGCACUAAACACGUUUACUUUCCCUUUACAUAUACAUUUAAAUGUAUAUAUUGUGUAUUAAGUUAACUUUUUAUACUAUAUAUAUAUAUAUAUGUAUAUAUAGCAUGUGUUUUUUCGGUUUAUAUAUAUUGCUGUAUUUUUUCAACUGAAAUUAUUAUGUUUUUUUUGUUUUGUUUUUUUUAUGGAGAAAAUAAUAAAAAUAAUAAUCUCUAUAAUUUCCCCUGCGCAUUGCUCUGGUGUGUGUUUUUAUAUACACUGGACACUAUGGGUCGCUCCUAAUAGCUGGCUGGUCCAGCAGCUGACCUCAGAAGCUGGUAGCGGUCCGCCAAUCUUAUGCAGGGUCGCUACCUGUCCCUGCUUUCCGUGGAUCGUCCCGGUUUUGAGAAAGGUGUCGCGGGGAAUUCGAUCUGCUUCCCGGGACGCUAAACGUCAGUUUCUAUAGACUUGAGCGCAAGCUCGAUAAAUCAGGAUACGACAUCUCUGCGAUAGACAAGGCGCAAUGUGAAUUGGUUAUCAAUACUGUAACUAUAGCAGUGAGAUUAUCAAUGUUUUCGAUUCUAUACACGAUUUCUAACCGAACCAGAAAACAGAAAGUACUGAUUAGAGGAGAAACCUCAAAAUGGAGCGAGGUAACCAGUGGUGUACCACAGGGAUCAGUAUUAGGUCCUCUGCUAUUCCUAAUCUACAUUAAUGAUUUAGAUUCUGGUAUAGUAAGCAAACUUGUUAAAUUUGCAGACGACACAAAAAUAGGAGGAGUGGCAAACACUGUUGCAGCAGCAAUGGUCAUUCAAAAUGAUCUAGACAGCAUUCAGAACUGGGCAGACACAUGGCAAAUGACAUUUAAUAGAGAAAAGUGUAAAGUAUUGCACACAGGCAAUAAAAAUGUGCAUUAUACAUAUCUUAUGGGAGAUACUGAAAUUGAAGAAGGAAUCUAUGAAAAAGACCUAGGAGUUUAUGUUGACUCAGAAAUGUCUUCAUCUAGACAAUGUGGGGAAGCUAUAAAAAAAAAAAGGCCAACAAGAUGCUCGGAUAUAUAAUGAAAAGUGUUGAAUUUAAAUCAAGGGAAGUCAUGUUAAAACUUUACAAUGCAUUAGUAUGGAAUAUUGUGUUCAGUUCUGGUCACCUCGCUACCAAAAAAAGGAUAUUGCUGCUCUAGAAAGAGUGCAAAGAAGAGCGAGCAGAAUUAUCCCGGGUUUAAAAGGCAUGUCGUAUGCAGACAGGCUCAAAGAAUUGAAUCUAUUCAGUCUUGAACAAAGAAAGACUACGCGGCGAUCUGAUUCAAACAUUCAAAAUCCUAAAAGGUAUUGACAAUGUUGACCCAGGGGACUUUUUUGACCUGAAAAAAGAAACAAGGACCAGGGGUCCCAAAUGGAGAUUAGAUAAAGGGGCAUUCAGAACAGAAAAUAGGAGGCACUUUUUUUUACACAGAGAAUUGUGAGGGUCUGGAACCAACUCCCCAGUAAUGUUGUUGAAGCUGACACCCUGGGAUCCUUCAAGAAGCUGCUUGAUGAGAUUCUGGGAUCAAUAAGCUACUAACAACCAAACGAGCAAGAUGGGAUGAAUGGGGUCUCCUCUCGUUUGUAAACUUUCUUAUGUUCUUAUGUCCCAUCAGCGACCAAAAUGUGUCGAUGUUUCUAAUAUUUUGAC